AUGGCGGAUGAUCACGGACGGAAGUGGGACCGGUGCCUUGCAGACACCGCAUUGAAAACUGUAACCGGCCUGGGUUUGGGGCUUGUCUUCUCCGUCAUUCUCUUUAAACGACGCAUGUGGCCUGUCUCGUUCGGUGCAGGUUUGGGUUUGGGCAUGGGCUACUCCAACUGCCAGAAUGAUUUCAGGUCACCUUACUUGAUUCAUGGCCGUGUGUUGAAGGUGAGCACACAGGUUGAAGAAGUGAUCAGCAGUGAAGGAUUAAGGAGGAUGCGGCUUCACCACAUCAGCAUCUGUUUUGUGUUGCCCUUCUAA